AUGGACGACAUCUUGCAGGCGCAGUUCGACCGAGUGGAGCAAGCCUUGAGCACUUUGGUCGACUCGAUUGCGUCGUAUAACCCCAACCCCCAGGCUGCAAUCGACCUUGUCGCCGCCGAUGACGAGCUCAGCCAUGGUCUUGACCAACUCGCCAGGCACCAGGCAAACCAUGCGCGUAUCCAAACACUUCGCGCCGAAGCUGAUGCGCUAGAAGAGCAGCUCAAGUCGUCUGUCGCAGCGUUGGCAGGCUUGCGCAAAGAACUGUCCGAGACGCCAGCGACCGUCUUCCCGGAAGACUCCCGCCCAGUUCCCUUUGACGAGCUGCUUGGAUAUGCAAAGAACAUUUCCAAGUAUACUGUGCCGCCCACCUUCCGCGAGCGCGUCCCAGAACCAGAGUUAGAAAGCCACAAGGACAAAGAUGCAUUCGAAGGUUCGGCCAGCGCCCCAGCUACAAAUGGCGUGAAUACACCCACCACCGCAGCUGCAGCCGUCGAGGCUCCGAAGGGCAACAUAGAACCUCCAAAGGAAGGCGCAGGGACGGACGCUGCUGCGCCAGAAAUAACCGCCGAAGAAGAGGAAUGGCUGAAGAAGCUCAAAGACAGCGGUUUCGCGUGGUUCCCUUGGCCAGACGAUGCGAAAAUCCGCCGAGGCAACCUGUGGAAAGUCUACCACUACCGCGAACACGGCCGUAAUUUGGACGAGUUCAACAUUGAGGCGUACGAGGAAGAGGAGAAGAAGAAGUUUUUGGACGCGGUACAACCUCAGCAGGCACCCGAGGAGAUGCAGGCAGAACCGCAGUUCCAGGAGCAGAGGGCUCAGCAGGCACCACAGGCGCAGGCUGCUCCUGCAGCUCCGGCUGGGGCAGGAUUCACGCUGUUUGAUGAUAUGGAGUCGGAUGAGGAUUGA